AGCACUUCUUAGGGAGCACUGUUUCUGUCAGUACACUAGAGACCAUUCUGACUGUUUCAAUACCCCAAGGGGGGAAUAAUUGCGUUAAAGAAGCACAUAUCGCUUGAAAGGCACGAAGAAAAAAUUCCCUGAUGGCAAUUGAGUUGUACCUUUGAAGGCCUUAGUAUGUCUUCUAAAGAUAUCAAGAGGAGGCUCUUUUAACUAAAGUUAUUCUUCGUUCUUGGAUACUAUGCGGCUGUAGCAAUCUCAGCAAACACGAAAACUGAAACGCUUGUUAAGCUGCACGACCAUCCAGGUGAAUGGACAGAGAAAGACUAUUCCGAUAACGAUUGGAGUAAAAAGCUCGCGGAUCAUAAUGAACUUGCUUUGGAAGUGAUAGAGGAAAUACACGGCCUGUCGUCUGAGGAAAUUUCUAAAUUGUACAAUAUGUUCAUGGACCACCAUGUAAGAAAAAAGCGUACUAUUGAACCAGUGAAUAAACUCGCUCGCAUUCUUCUACGUCUAGCAGAGAAGGCUGUCGACACGCUGACAACCAUCAUAAUUACCCAUGUCUUAUUGUUUAUGAACAAGAAGCGAUCUACUCCAAGAUGCUAUGAAGGUAUUGGCUGCUUCAAUAUUGACGAUAAAAUGGGCCUCCAUAUCGGUGGUCCUGACAAACCGAAAGAAGUUGGUACGGCUAUCACUCUGUACGGCUCAGACUUUAAUUACACGAUAGGUGUGGACCACAAUAUAUGGAAACAAAAGUAUGUAGUAAAUUGGCAAAUUAAUUUGCAAAAACCACUUGUCGCUAUAAUACAUGGAUUUAACUUCAAGGAUAAAGUAGACUGGAUGUAUGAAAUGAAGACUGCAUUGAUGCAAAAGGUUGACUGUAACGUCCUAAUUGUCAAAUGGCUAAAUGGAGCUCGCGUGCCUGAUUAUCCUGCAGCAGCAGCCAACAGUCCUAUGCCCGGUGUCUUGCUUUCAAAGGUACUUAAAGACAUGGUUGCGACAUCUAAUGGGAAGUUGGAAGCAAAGAAUAUACACGUGAUAGGAUUCAGCUUGGGCGCACAAGCUGCAGGCUUUUGCGGUCGCCAUUUCUACAACGCCACAAAAGAGAAACUUGGCCGCAUAACAGGUCUUGACCCGGCUGGGCCUUUGUUUGACAUCUCGAACGUGGCCUUGUCGAAGAACGAUGCGAACUUUGUGGACAUCAUACACACCAACGCAGGAUAUUUAUAUAGUCUGAAGCUUGGUAUUAAGGGGCCUAUAGGGCAUGUUGACUUCUACCCGAAUGGUGGCAGCUACCAACCAGGCUGUGGGGUUGACCUCGGCUGCAGUCACUCAAGAGCGCGAGAAUUAUUCCUGGAGUCAAUAAAUUCAAAAUGCUUGUUCACAGCCUUCCCAUGCGGGAGCGACUGGGUAGGACUCGUUGGAGACGGAGAGGAACAAGACUGGUGGUGCUCUCAAGAGAUGGGCUAUAACAGCGUCAUAAAACAGGGGAGAGGUAAUUUUUAUUUGCGAACGAACGAUCAUUCGCCGUACUGCAUUCAAUCAGUUAAAGAUAUACGAGUACUUGGGGGCAUGCAUUUCAAUGCAGGAAACACGCCUCAUAUCCCCUAAUGUAGCACUCUGAUUUAAAAUGCCUGGAAUUCAUCUCUCAAGACGUAUAAUGUAUGCAGGCACUGUAGUAUAUACAGGGUGAUGACAAUUCAGUUGACAUGUUUUUUUUUCUUUAAUGAGCUGCUGAGACGUACGCGAAGACCACCUCUACA